AUGUUUACACUUCUUCUCACCGCGGAGCUUUCGGGCGUCACGAACCUGCGCCCUCUAGACACGGAGGAGAACCCGUUCUGGUAUAUGUUCAAGGUUCAGUGCACCUCUUGCCGAGAGAUUCAUAAUAACUAUGUCGGUGUUAAUCGAUUUGAAAUGAAUGAAAUGAGCGGCAGCCGUGGCGAGGCCAAUUUUAGAGAGAGUACCGCCACUGUGAAAGCCGCUGCCAUUCCCUACAAGCAACAUGAACCUGCCAAGGCGCAAAAGCUCAUUGAGUUUGACUGUCGAGGUCUCGAGUUUACGGAGUUCAAAGCAGAGGGCGAGUGGUUGGCUGAUGGCAUCGACUCGGGCUCCAAAUUCAGCGGCAUCGAGCUGAUCGACGGAGAAUGGUACGACUACGACGAAAAGGCCGGAGAAGAGGUCAGUAUCAAGGACAUCACCUGGGAAAUCUGCAGGGCAUAA